AUGAUACCCAUUAUUAAUUAUAACAAUAAUAAUAACAGUCAUAAUAGUAAUAAUAGUAGUAAUAAUAAUUAUAGUGGUAUGAAUGAACCUAAUAGUAGUUUGUUAAGUUCAAGUUUGUUGAUGCAUCAGGCAUCGAUGACAUCAUCAAUCUCUACAACAGCUGGAUCGAUUGGUAUCGGGAAUACAAGUUUAUCAUCUUCAACCUCUCAACAACACCAACAACAACAACUAGGACAAUCACAAGGACAAGGUCAAUCCAAUUGUAUUAGAGUAGUAUGUAGAUUCAGACCACUAACUGAAUCGGAACAAAAGAGAAAUGAACAUUCAAUCAUUCAAUUCAUUGAUAAUCAAUCUUUUAUUGUAAAACAAAGAGAAUCACAACAACAAUACUCAUUUGAUAGAACUUUUAAUUCAUAUGAAGAUCAAUCUGUUAUAUUUCAAGAUGUUGCUAUUCCAAUUGUACAAGUGAUAUGUAUAGACUUUCUAGAUGGAUAUAAUGGAACUAUAUUGGCAUAUGGACAAACAGCAUCUGGCAAGACUUAUACUAUAUAUGGAGAACCAUCGGGAGAUGACGAUUCACAAUCAAAGAAUGGAUUGAUUCCGAGGGUGAUCGAGGAGAUAUUCACUGGAAUUGCAAAGAUGAGACAGAAGAACAAUGCACUUGCCUUUGUGCUAAAGAUGAGUUGUGUUGAGUUGUACAUGGAGAAGAUAAACGAUCUCUACAAUGUCAAUGGCACCAAUCUUCACAUUAGAGAACACCCCGAGAAGGGUAUCUACGUGGAGGGCGUCAAUGAAACCGUUAUCCAAUGCCCGGAGGAUGCAUUCGAGUUCCUGAACACCACAAACAACAACCGUGCCGUUGCCGCCACCAAGAUGAGUCAGGCGAGUUCGCGUAGUCACUCGAUCCUGAUGAUCGAGCUGUCACAACAGAAUCUGCUGGAUCUCAGCUCGAAAAAGUCGAAGCUCUUCCUUGUGGAUCUGGCGGGGAGCGAGCGUGCGUCCAAGACUGGCGCUGAGGGCGAGCGAAUGGCUGAGGCCAAGACAAUCAACCAAUCGUUGUCCACACUGGGAACGGUCAUCAAUUCACUCACUCACGCAAACAAAACACAUGUACCCUAUAGAAACAGUAAACUGACGCGUGUUCUACAGGAGUCGCUUGGUGGUAACUCAAAGACGACGCUGAUCAUCGCCUGUUCACCUAGUAACUACAAUGAAAGUGAAACCGUUUCAACUAUUCAAUUUGGAUUGCGUGCAAAGAAGAUUACAAACAAACCAAAGAUCAACAAGGAGAUAACAGUGGUGGAGUUGAAGCAGCUGCUAGAGAAGUCGAACCUUAGGAUCAAGGAGUUGGAAGAUUUCAUUGUGUUGCUACAGAAUGACAUAUUACUGCAGAAACAAUUCAUCGACACGCUGGAGAAAGAGAAACAGGAGGCGAUCGAUAAUCAGAUUGUUAUUGGAAGUGGUGGAGCGAUGUCGACAGAGAAUGGUGAGCCUCAACCAGACGCUGGAUUAUCGCUGACCUGCAACAAGAAGCUAAGACGAGAGUUGUCUGCCAACUCAUCGUUGAAAGUCAAGAGAUUGAGAGAUCGUGUAUUCAAACCAAUGAACUUGAAGGAUCUAUCAAGUAAUGAAAAUGGAAACAACAAUGCUAUUGAUGGUACUGAUGGCAGCAACAACAACAAUAGUGGUAACAACAGUAGCAAUAGUAACAACAGUACCAGCAACAAUCAACAUGCUAAGAAAACUGGUAAAUACACUGCCAGUAAGAUACCUUCAUUGUCAAUGAAGAAUUAUGUAGAUAAUCAUCAAAAUCAUCAACAUGAAGAUGAUGAACAAGAACAACAAGAUGAAGAUGUUGUUGUUGAUGAGUAUGAAGGUGAGAGUGGUGACGAUAAUUUGACUAGCAAUAGUAAUAGUAAUAGUGGAAGUAGUAGUAAGAAUAUAAGUGAUGACGAUGAUAAUGAUAAUGAUAUGAAUGGUAAUACAAUGAAUUCAAAACAACUAGAUGAACUACUACAUCGUUCACUCCUAGGACUGAAUAAACAUCAACAACAGAGAAAUCAAUUCAAAGAGAAACUACUGCGAUUGGAGUUGGAACAAGAUCAUGACCAGGACGAUGAUGACAGUGACAGCGUUGUUCCAAUCAACUCUGCACUAGACCAGCCAACUCCACCGAUUUCACCGAGAGCUCUUCCCAGACUUCAUCAAUCUCCACCACACUCGCUUUCCAACUCGUUCUCAAUGAUCUUACCUUCACUGUCGAGAGAUCCAUCAUUCACACUCGAACACUACGCCACACAACCACUCACCGAUUCACUCAAUGAUAUUAUCGUUUCACAUAAUUUAGAAGAUAGUUUUAGACAACAACAUCAACAAUAUCAACAACAACAAGUUACUUCUACAAACAUUAUUUCUACAAGUACAACAUUGAUUGAAAAUCAAAAUAGUACAUCUACAUCUACUUCGUCAACCACUACACCUUCGACAUCUAUUCCGACAUCACCCAAACAACCAAAACAACAAAUAAUUACAUCGUCACCUUCAUCUUCUAAUGAUAAUCUUAAACUACAACAACAAUCACAACAAUAUCCACAACAACAAAAUGAAAUAAUUGCGCCAAAUUCACCAAAAUUAAUAUUCAAUCCAAGUACAACAUCGGUCACCAACUAUGAAGAUAUAAAGAAGAAAUCAAACACUUUGAAUAACUCUACUGACCAAGCAACCACUUCAUCCUCUCCAAUAACAACUGAAUUGACAACCACUACCAAACCAACCAAAACCAACUUUAAAUCAACAUUCUUUUAUCUUUCGAUUAUCAUUGUAUUCCUAGCAAUCAGUGCAAGUCUCUAUAUUAAUCCAGCUCAAAUAUCCGAUAAAGCAAUCCUACAAAAUCACCUAUUUAAGCUUGGAAUUGUAAAUAACGAUUCACCAACAUUAGACCAACUAAAGAAAUCAUAUAAAUCAUCAUUACUUAAAUAG